AUGUGGGUUUUGUCUAGUUUGCUUUUCAUCUUUAUCCUUCUCUCUCCUAAAAGUCAACCAACGCGUCUAACUGGUGGAUUCUUAGGUGAUGGCCAUCAUCCUACUUGCCAAGAAUGCCAGGCGCGUGGGGUUGAAUGCGCCUGGGGAUUGAAGGUUUCCUUUCACGCUUCUAGGUCGCUACAGCUGUCCUUGGAACACACUGCUGCCCUGUUUGACCUCGACAAGCAGAGACAAGAAGCUCAAUCCGAUGGGUCUGGACCUGACCAACAACCACUCGUUAUCAUUGACGAUACUGAGGAGGUUAUUCGCUCCUUUUGCAAAGAGGAUGGUGGAUCGUCUAUUGCUGAUGAGUCAGAUGGCGAUACUCCCCAGCAUUCUUUCCAGGAACACGAUGAGUCUACCUCAACCGUCAUUGAAAAUGACGCAAGCUCUCACGAGGCCUUUUUCAGAACUGAAAAUGAGGAGGCACGGAACGAGAAUGCCAGUCUUGGUAGUCUGGAUAGCGACGCUGUUGGCCAGGACAGAGCGUUUCACCACCUCCAUCUGAUACCUCCAGACCUUGCCACCACCCCGUUGAUCCCUGCCCAUUGGAUGGCCGAUCUUCCUUUUGCCCCCUUCUCCCUAGGACAGGCCAUUUCUCGGGGCGUUUCUCCUCAGCCUGAGCCAAGGUUUCCCGUUUCGCAAAGCAUCAAAGUUCAUCUCAUGUCUGCUUACAUUAGAGAGACAGCGACAUGGUGUGAAACCACAGACUCGGAGAUGCAUUUCUCCGCCAAGAGCAUCCACCAGAUGAUGGACUCGAAACCCUUCGUUGCAGCAGCCAUGUCACUCGCCUCCCGCCAAUUAGAUGUGACUCAAGGUUGUACCCGGCACAUCACGCUCGAGCUUUAUCAGUACGCCAUUCGUCUCCUGCUGGGACAUGAUCCUGCGGAAGCAGACUCGUGCAUCCUGGCAACAUGCACAAUUCUUUGUGUCUAUGAAAUGAUGGCAUCAAGCGUUUCCGAGUGGAGACGUCACCUCAAGGGCUGCGCUGGGUUACUAAGGAUGCGCAAAUGGAACGGGAAUAGUAAGGGCAUAGUAAAAACCUGCUUCUGGGCUUUCGCACGCAUAGAUGUAUGGGCCGCGUUUUUGAUGAACCAGACCACGUUGAUCCCAACAGACUCAUGGGUAGAUCAAGACUCUCUGUUCUUGGUUGCCGAGAAAGGAGACCCUGAUGACUACUGCAACUUGGCAAUCUUGAUAUUCGCCAAGAUCAUCAAUGUUCUCAAUGGUGAGGAUAGCGCUGGAGUUACCUCUAUCACUGGACCCAAAGCCAAAGUCCAGGCGUUAUGGGACGAGCUUCAGCGAUGGAGAUGCUGGCGCCCUCAGAGUGUAAAGCCAUUACUGAGAGUCGGCGAAUCAGACCAGGGUCCCUUUCCUACUAUCGUGUUUGCUCUGUACGCAUCGGUAUGCGGAAAUACAUUUUACCACGCCGGGUCAAUCCUUCUACUGCAAAGCGGAUUAGUUACGCCUAACCCUACUCUGGACAUGGCAGAUCUCAGUCCUGUUUGGCAUGCUAGGGAGCUCGGGGGUAUUUCUACUAGCAACCCUUCUCACGCAAACUGGGUGAAUCACCUUCAGCCCUUGUACAUCGCCGGGAGGGCAUUUGCUGGGUCACCCAAGCAGCCGCUUGCAAUUCAGCCAGGACAUGGAAGUUGUUGGUCGAGACAUCUGCGGCAGACCGACCAUGGAUCGACGGAGAGUGAGAGGUUUGAAGCCAACACCUAUUCUGUGGUGGAUACAGCCGAGGGCUGGAAUAGCCCAACAGAACCUGAGGAUUUCGCCGCCGAAAAGAUUGCUCUUUUGAAGCACUUGGCCAAGAUUGAACGCGAGACAGGCUGGAAAACCACGGAACGGGCGAAAGAUUUAAGAAUACUCUGGGACUUGGAGAACUAA